CUUUGGUCAGUGCAUGUGCCAGUCAAGUUGGUAUUGAUUCGAGUUUUGGAAAUUGGUAACUUCAAUCAGUCGCCACAUGGUCAUGGCGGACAUGGGUGGCCCGCUGGCGCACCAACUUCCUUUGCACCAGCAUCGCGGGGGCCUUGUACAACCGUCGCUGGUCAUGAACCACAGACUGGACGUCGAAUUAGAUCUCGACUUACACCCUAAAGAAGUGAUUAAAAAACAACGAUUAUCGCUGUGCGUGGGAUGCGGCGGUCAGAUUCACGACCAAUACAUACUGCGGGUGGCGCCUGAUCUCGAGUGGCACGCCGCCUGUCUCAAGUGCCAAGAGUGCAGGCAGUUCUUAGACGAGUCCUGCACGUGUUUCGUCCGAGAUGGUAAAACGUACUGCAAGCGGGACUAUGUCAGAUUGUUUGGAACAAAAUGCGACAAAUGUGGAUCAUCGUUUAGCAAGAAUGAUUUCGUAAUGCGAGCAAAAACUAAAAUUUAUCAUAUAGAGUGUUUUCGAUGUUGCGCGUGCGCCCGCCAGCUGAUACCUGGAGAUGAGUUUGCGUUGCGGGAAGGGGGUGCACUAUAUUGCAAAGAAGAUCACGAUGCCUUGGAAAAAAGUUCGCAGCAGCAAGGGGUUGUAACGCAAACGACACAUCCUGGAGCUCUCGAAAGUAACAAUAAUAAUAGUAUAAGCAGUAAUAAUAAUAAUCACUCUAGCGAACUGGGUUCCAUGUCAGAUUCGGGCAGCGAGUCCGGCUCCCAUAAGGGCGGCUCCGGAGGGAGGAGCAAGGGUUCAAGCGGAGCGGUAGGACUAGGCGGUGGGAGCGCCGGCAGUGGAGAUGGAAAACCUACAAGAGUACGAACCGUUCUGAAUGAGAAACAGCUGCAUACAUUAAGAACAUGUUAUGCUGCAAAUCCACGGCCUGAUGCGCUGAUGAAAGAGCAAUUAGUGGAAAUGACAGGGCUAUCGCCUCGAGUCAUUAGAGUUUGGUUCCAGAACAAACGAUGUAAAGAUAAGAAAAAAACAAUUCAGAUGAAACUGCAAAUGCAACAAGAAAAGGAUGGUCGCAAAUUGGGCUACGGAGCAAUGCAAGGUAUUCCUAUGGUAGCAAGUUCGCCAGUUCGGCACGACUCACCAUUAGCGCUGCACGCGCUCGAGGUGACUGCAUAUCAACCUCCAUGGAAAGCGUUAUCUGACUUUGCAUUACACACUGACCUUGAUGCAGGCGGGCAUCAACAUGCACCUGCAUUCCAACAUCUCGUUAACCAGAUGCACGGGUAUGAUAUUGGCCUUCACUCUCAGCAGCCUGCUCCACCGCCUAAUAUGGCUGACCUUCAGACGCAUCCGGACAGUACGGAUAGCUACGUUACCUAUCUGGAGAGCGAUGACAGUAUACCGGCCAGUCCCUAGCCCGGCCUUGAAUCUGCAGCAGGACUGGACUUGAGCAUGGGAGCGUCGAGUUCUGCUUUGCAUG